UAUUGCUAGGCAGUAUGUCAAUAACGGUGCCCGCGAGAGACAGCAAGCAGGCGGUAAUGGUUACAAGACAAAGCUCGCUAUCAUUCUUGUCUCACUCUCCCAGAGGACAGGAUAGUGAUAACCUCGUCUCAAAAAAUAGUUACCACUACCACCACCACAUUUAUAUUCUGACGAACUUUACCAUCACACUCAUUCACUCAAGGCACCUCAUCAACGAAACAUUGGUGAAUACAAAUGCUACAAAUAUUCUUAACGUAUUGUCAAACAAAAUGAGUCAGCAAACAGAAUAUUGUACUACAGCCAAAUCAGAGUAAUACUCAGAAGAAUAAAGUAAAUAAUUAUAUUUUAUCAAGAAAUCUGUGCUAAUAUAUUCACAUUAUGCUUUCAUUACGGUGUGUAUUGGCUUGUAUAGUGUGCGUGUGCGCCUUCCAGAGUACUCUUGAAGACAAGGCUUCCAAUACUAAACUUUUGACACGUCGCAUAUCGUCGAACAUCAAUGUUAAUAUCAGAGAACAUAAACUCUUCGAAUCGAAUUUAUUAAGAAAGUACAUACUUACUCUUCAAAAAAAUAAUAUUUAUAAGAAUAACCUAAUCGAUUCCAAACUAGAAACUAGAAACAGUGUCCUAAUUAAUCAAAAUAAUUUUUUGGGUAGUGUUAACGAAAAUGGAGUGCUGCACGAGAUCCCUAAAACCAGAGUUCUGGAGCCUCCAGUGACACCUUUUAGUCUUAUUACUCUUACAACGAGCAAUACAGCGAGAGAACAUAUGCCCGAUGGUCAGGCAGACUUGGCAAGAGGACAGCAAGAUGAAUCUGACGACGAUGGGCCUUCUAUGAGAGGCACAGCACCGCCCUUUGUGUGUGACCUGUGCCCCACCACCGUAGAUAGCAAGAACCCCCUCUCACCUUGUACAUGUGUGGGUAACUCUGGGAGCCUGGCCGGGGAGAUCAGCAUCACCUGCCCACCCAGCACGGCCACCACGGAGCAACUUCACGACCUCUUCACUCAUACAGACUUUUUUACCACCAGUGUCUUUAGAUUCACCUUGCAAGGGUCCAACGUGAGCGGGGUGCUGAGUCAGGAGCUGUGGGGAGAUCUCACCUUCACCCAGGUCAUCAUCACUGAUAACAAGAUCAAUCACGUCGACAACAAGGCCUUCAACAACUCCGCCAACACCCUCACCUUACUUAACCUUGAUAACAACGAGAUCAGCUACUACGUAACGUCAGGCACUGACGACCUGCCUAAACUAACAACACUGGUAUUGAAGAGGAACCGUAUCCCCAUCGUUUUCACCAACGCCUUCAGCUACGCCAGUCUUACAGUGCUCGACCUCUCCUCCAACCUCAUAGACACAAUUGGCAAGGACGCCUUUGCAGGUACUGUACUGUUUUGUCGAAGAUGUUAAUUACUUACAAGGAGAAUCAAAAAAGUGAAGUGUAAGAAUGCCGCUCAUUAACACAAAUGAACAUACAUGGAGACAAUAAAACAA